UUGUGGGUUUGUUGAGUGAGAACCCGUUGCUUCUUGCCUAUCUUUCCACGCGCUCUUUCUCUCACAAUCUUCUUCCUCCCGAUUCCAAGUCUUCCAACUUCCAUCCCCACGGCCACGCACUGCUCUUCCCUCCUGCUCUGGUCUCGCUCGCUUGCGCGUCGUGGGGCCGGGAGAUCACGUCAAGGUCAAGGGGCUGCCACACUGCUCGAAGCUUUCCAUCUUCUCCGAAAAAACCAGGUUGGUUUCCCCGUCCUUUUGUUGGAGUUCGUGUAGAUUUCUGUCUCCGCCGGACCGAUGCCACCGUCGCCGCCUCCCACGGUCCCCUCCUUCCCUGGUGGCUCGUUUGCUUGACUGAUCAGUGACCUCAUCAGAAAGCAUUCCUAAGGAAACUGCUCACUUCAAACUCAGAUUGAGCACAAGCUAGGAGACCCGAUGGGCUCUGCGGUGGAGUAAAAGAAAAACCACAGACCAUCAACUUAGAGAGCAACCAGAAGAAAUAAAAGCAGAGGUGAUGGAGGCUGCCGUGGUGAGCGCGUCGCACGGUGCAAUGGGCUCCCUGCUAGGGAAGCUUGGUGAACUUCUCACAGCAAAGUACAAGCUGCUCAAGGAAGCAAAGGGACAGAUCAUGUUCUUAAAGGCUGAACUCGAGACCAUGUAUGUCUUUCUGAAGAAGAUCUCAGAUACAGAGGAGCCUGAUGAGCAAGACAAGCACUGGGCCAAGGAGGUACGCGAGCUGUCCUAUGAUAUCGAUGACAGUGUCAGCGAGUUCAUGCUCCGCGUGGAAUGCGACUCCAGCAAGCCACACGGAUUCAAAGGGUUCAUCGUUAGGAGCAUGAAGUUAAUGACAACCGUGAACACUAGGCAUGAGAUUGCCAAAGAGUUUGAAGGCCUUAAGAACCGUGUCAAGGAGGUGAGUGAGCGGCGUACGAGGUACAAGAUGGAUGAUGUUGCCCCAAAGUCAAACAACACAGCCAUCGAUCUUCGCUUGCUGGCGCUCCAUGCUGAGACGGCGAGCCUUGUUGGCGUCACGGGACCAAGGGACCAGCUGAUUCAGUUGAUGGAUGCAGAGGGUGUGUCUGCACAUCAGCUAAAGGUGCUCUCUAUUGUGGGGUUUGGAGGUCUUGGAAAGACUACUCUUGCAAAUGAGAUUUAUCGCAAGCUUGAGGAGAAGUUCCAGUGUCAAGCUUUUGUUUCUGUGUCCCAGAAACCAAACAUCAGGAAGAUUCUGAGAACAAUACUAUCUCAAGUUGGCUUUGUACCUCCUAAGGACACCAACAUUGAAAUGUGGGAAGAGCCUGAACUGAUUAGUUCAGUGAAAAAAUUCUUAUUGGACAAGAGGUACCUCAUUGUAAUUGAUGACAUCUGGGAUGCUUCUGCAUGGUAUGUUAUUAGAUGUGCUCUUCCAGAGAGCAUGAAUGGUAGUAGAGUAAUAACAACUACUCGAAUUGAGGCUGUGGCUAGAGCAUGCAGCACUAAUCACAUUGAGUGUGUUUACAAGAUGAAGGCACUUAGUGACCAAGACUCAAAAAGGUUGUUCUUCAAAAGAAUAUUCGGUUUGGAGGAUGCUUGCCCUUCAUAUUUGAAAGAAGUGUCAGGUGAAAUUGUGAAAAAAUGUGGUGGUUUACCGCUUGCAAUCAUCACAAUAUCAAGCCUUUUAGCCAAUCAAUCAAACAAAUUAAAGGAAAAUUGGGAUUAUGUACGGAACUCUCUAGGCUCCAACUUUGAACCAAGCUUGGAAGGCAUGAGACAAAUAUUGAGUCUUAGCUACACAAAUCUUCCGUACCAUUUGAAGGCAUGCAUGCUAUAUUUAGGUAUUUAUCCGGAGGACUACACAAUCAACAAGAAUGAUUUGGCGAGACAAUGGGUAGCUGAAGGUUUUAUAUAUAAAGCUAGCGCGACAGAUCCAGAGGAUAUUGCAAAGAACUAUUUCAAUGAUCUCGUCAAUAGGAGUAUGAUACAGCCUGCAGAUACAGAUUAUAAUGGCGAGGUGAUAUCCUGCAAGGUACAUGAUAUGGUGCUUGAUCUUAUCCUACAUAAAUCAAGGGAAGAAAAUUUUGUAACUGUAAUAGAUGAUAUACAAGACAUGACAGGACAUAAAGAUAAGAUCCGUAGACUCUCUUUCAAUCAGGACAGUGUUAUAGAUUCUAGAUUCAUGGGAUCUGUCCAGCUAUCCCAAACACGAACCCUUGCAAGAUUCGGUAGCUCUUCACGGUUACCGCCAUUUCUGCAGUUCAAGCACCUACGGGUUUUAAUAAUUGAAACUUCACGAGCAAUUGGGCCAUCACCAUUACUUGACUUCGAUAGAAUAUGCCAUUUGUUUCAGUUGAGGUGCUUAAAGAUUGUAGCGGAAGAUUAUGAUGCGGUGUUACCUAGUAAAAUUGGAGAUUUGCAGCAACUGGAAACGUUUGAAGUACAACUUGACUACAAAUUUCUUCAAGGGAGGAAAUCUCUGAAAUUACCAUCAGAUAUUGUUCAUUUGAGCCGGUUAUUGCAUUUGAUUGUUCCAGUGAGGACAAUAUUGCCUGAUGGGAUAGGUAACAUGAGAUCAUUGCAUACUGUACACCGAUUUAAUUUGGCGAACUCACUGCACAGUAUCAAGAGUCUGAGAGAACUGACCAAUCUGACAGACCUUGAAAUUGGCUUUGCGGGCUCCAUUAUUGAUCAUGAGGUGGUGGAACGAGGCAGGGAAGUUCUCCACAUAUGCUUUGAAAAACUUUGCAACCUCAAAUAUCUAAAAGUGAAUAUUUUUCCCUCCGAAGCCUACUUGGAUGCAUUCAGUCCAAUACCUGCUUCUUUCCGCCAUCUCCAGAGAUUCCAUGGAUCCAGCUUUUCAAGGGUUCCUGGUUGGAUUGGCGAACUCCAUAGCAUCUAUGACCUGGUGCUUACUGUUCAGGAGGUUCUGGAGGAUGAUGUUGGGAUUCUUGCACAGCUGCCUUCCCUUAUCCACCUAAUCUUGCACAUCAGAGGAGCACCUAAAGGUAAGGUUCUCAUCCGCGGAGGAACUGGAUUAUUCCCAGUUUUGAAGUAUUUUGAAGCUCGCUGCUGCAGGGUAUCAUACCUGAGCUUCGAGGCAGGGGCAAUGCCCAAGCUUGAAAGGCUCGUGUUGUGCCUCAAUGCACAUAGAUGGGACAGGUACGGCGCCCCGCCUGCUGGCAUCGAGCACCUUUCAGGCCUCAAGGAAAUCUGUGUAGACAUUGGGGCUUUGGGUGCCAAGAAAUCCAACGGGAGUGCUGCAGAGUCCGCGCUGAGGAACGCGGCGGACAUGCACCCAGGUCGUCCUGUAGCCAACAUAAGGAUUAACAAUUUUCAAUGCUGGGCAUGUGAUACCAUGGAUGAUGAACCUUGCGAGAAGGACGAGGAAGGUUGGAACAGCAGCAGCACCUGAUCAAGGCCAGGUGCCACUCGCUUCCAGACCAAGUGCCACAGCAACGCCUGCCCCAUCGACAGCAACUAGGAGGAGUGGCCGGCUAGCUAAACAGGCUCUCAACAUUGCAAUCAGGCCAUCCAAAAAGGGUGAGGUUCUUGCUAUGAGAAAACUGGGCAUAAUUCCAGCUGACGGCGACAUCGAGCACGCAAGGAACUUCGAUAAAUUCAUUGCCACAACCAUGCAGCCGGCUCAUUUUGAAACUCUGCGUGAUGUUUUUCCAACCGCAAGAGAACUGACUGAUAAUGAUCUAUUGCACAUUGCUGGCCAAGCAGCCGGUGCCUGAUGACUGACGGCGGAAGCAUCAGUGCCUUGGGUUGCUGUCUAUUUUCAUGCACGAUACAAACCAGAAUGUCCUGGUUUGGAACGUGCGUGGGUUGAACGCAUGUUGCCGACGAGACGUUUUGCGUGAUGUCACGCGUGAGGCUAGAGCCACGGUCGUCUGUGUUCAAGAAACAAAACUUGCUGUAAUUUCUCCAUUUCUUGUGUCUGAAAUGCUUGGAAGUUCCUUCUCC